AUGGCCUGGCAUCCAGAGGACCCCGUGACACUUCCCAAUGGUCGCCUAGUCUGUCGCCCACACAGACUCGUAGUUUGUGGCUACUGUACCGUGGACUACAGCUUCAUGGACGAGUUAUUAGACGACGACGACGACGCCGCAGAAGCCUCAGACCAUAGCGACCAUACCGAUGACGACACCGAUAAUCCCAAUGAACCUGUGCCUCCUUUCAGUGUGGUUAUCCCUGGCGCAGAGCGCAGAGUCGGUACGGGACGCAUCUUCCCAACGAAUUUCAAUCCUCCAAAUCCAAAUGACACGCCCAAGUCCCUUUUCCCACUCACCAGAACUGAGAACGCCGCGCCAGCUGUACAUCGGUUCAUUCGUCACAGCGCCGAAAAUAACCAAUUCUUGAUUUACACGGACGGCGCGUGCUUAGACAACGGCGGUGCAAAUCCAAGAGCUGGUUGUUGUUUUGUUUACCGAAACUCCACGCAAAGCCCUCAAGUCAGUGGCUAUACAAGCUUUCCGCUCGAGAAACAAGGUCCUACUGGCAUAGAGCACCCGCAGACGAGCAACCGGGCUGAGUUGCGCGCUGUUAUUGCAGCUUCUCGAUUUCGAUACUGGACUGGGGAAGGAUGUCGCUGUCUAGUCAUUGCUACUGAUUCUGAAUACGUGGUGGAGGGUAUGACGAAAUGGGUGAAACGAUGGAUACGCAAUGACUGGACAACGAGAGUGGGAGAACCAGUCAAAAAUAAGGACCUUUGGCAGUGUUUACUUGGGGAGGUGGAACGGUGGGAUGAGGAAGGAAUGCGUAUUCAAUUCUGGCGUAUCCCAAGAGAAUGGAAUACAGAGGCGGACCAGCAUGCUAAAGUAGCUGCUACUAAAUGUGCGUCUCAAGAAUUCAGGGAUAUCUUCGGCAUGCUUGUUUAA